CAUCGUGUGUGUGUGGCGGCAACAGCUAGAGGGAAAGUUUUCUUAGACUCACCAUGUCCAUUGUGUGGCUCAGCCUCGCGACACACGCGGGUCACGCACACGCCCGACCGUGAGCCGCGGGCCUCUAGCAUCUGCCAUCGCGUGAGCGCGUGUUGGCGACGAGUAGCAGAAAAAACCCCAGCCGAGUGGCGUUGCAACAAAGAAGGGAGAGAAAAGUCCUCCAGCCCUUAGAAUAUUAAUAGAAGUUGUGCUUUUUUCGGGGGAGGACACGCCAAAAUUGGACGCAAUGAGCCUCAGUGCGGAGUGUUAACAUCGUGGGAGCCCCCAGAAAGAGGCGCUGCAGCGGCGAGGAUCGCGCACACACACACGCAGAUCGCGAACCCCAAAGUCAAUGCAAUCAUUUUAAGCGUAGUGUUAGGAAAUUGUCUCACUGGUCCCGGAAAAUCCUUGAGCCGAGGGACCCGCGAGGAGGGGGAGUUUAUCAAUAUUUCAAAACCUGAAUCAACCAAAAAGUCUAAUUCACAAUCAUCUACACCUGGGGAUGGGUAGCGAGUGUUAGAAAUCCAUAAGUAGUGAAUAAUUACUGAGUGUUUUCUAGUUGUUUUAACGUGUCCAUUACCUGGAAGUGGAAAAAAGUGGUGCUCACUUUGUAGACAUUUUUAUCAGCAAAAAGAACACAUCUAUCGAGUGAUUUGGAGUGGAAGGGAGCUCGCUGGGAGCUCACAGCCAGAAGAUAAAACACAGAGCGCGACAAUCGUGCGGCGGAGAAAUUGGGGGUUGAAUGACGAGAGAGAGCGCAUAUCCUUGAAUCUCCCAAGCAUUCAAUGUGCUGUGCAUCCCGAGAGAGUGUGCCACAGCGCCAAGGGUGAGAGUUCAGUGAGUGGAAGGACACAGUCGUGUCAGGACAUAUGCCAAAUUGUUGGCUAACACCCGUCGCCAAGUGAAUAAUCGUCCGCGGCCGAGCUGGCCACCACCUGGACAAUAUCAGCCGCGAGGGUGAGCACGCGGAGGCGCGCAUCAAAUGGUCGAUAAAUAUUCCAAACACCGCGGAAAGUUUCAGCCUGGGAGCGAGACAGAGAGACAAUUAAUCAAAUGAUGUGCUUUUAACGUGAGCUUUUCACACUCAAACACACACUCACACACUAACACACACACGUGAGAGUGACGUCGAGAAGGUGAGGGAAAAGCGUCCGCCAGGAGCAUCAGAAGGCGACACUCUGAGCUUCCCAGACACAACCUCGCCACCCCCGAAGGACAUUUUCGCCCGCCCAGGAGAGACAGGAAGGGCCUCGAGGCGCCAACAAAAAUCCCCGCAGACACACCGAAAGGCCUGAAAUUCGAGAGCAAAGAUGCUGCCGACUAAUGUGAUGUCCUUCAUGAAGAAGAUGGUGGCGACGGACGAGGCGCAAACCCAGUCCACGCAGGAGUCGACAGGGACGUUUGGUAAGUUCAAGCAGACCCUGUCGACGUCCCUGCUCACGGCGCAGGACAAGGUGCACAAGAUGUCCCCGCGGCCGUCUUUGGUGCCCGAGCCCGAUCCGCAGCCGGCCCCGGCGCCCGCGGAGCCCGCCCCGGCUCAGGGCGCGGACAAGGGCGACCCGUCGAAGCCCCCGCAGCGGUCCGGCGCCUGCCGGGUGUGCCUGAAGUCCUUCAAGCCAGACGAGUUCAGCAAGACCUGCUGCGAGUGCCAGCAGCGCGUCUGCGAGGAUUGCGCCAGCUACAGCAAGACGGAGGAGGACAAGGACGUGCGUACUUGGCGAUGCAGCGUCUGCCGCAGGAAGAUGUCCUCGCGAGUGUGCAUCCCGCAGGACUCCACGGACUCGAUGCUGGAGGUGCCCAUCCUGGAGGUGCUCGUGCGCCGCCACAGUGACGCCAAGCUGGGCUCCACGACGACCCUGGGACCUGAGAAUGGGGUCGGCCUGGCCCCGCCGCGCAGUCCCGAGCUCAGACGCCACUCAGACGUGUCACCGGCAUCGCUCAAGGAGCUGGAGAAGUGGAGGCGAGGACGCAGUGUGGCACCCAGUCGCUCCUCCAGUCCGCCCAGGCGAGGUGAAUUCGACAUCCCGCCCUCGAAGCUCAACUCCAGGCGCGGCUCCCGUGUUCCCGUUCGCCAGCACAGCUACGAUGACGACGUGAAGAACUCCUCGAUGGGCAAUGUGAGCACCAUUGAGCCCGGUCUCGGCAUCCCAUCGCCCAUGCCCAGACGAGCUUCGGCUUACGAUGUCUUCGCUCCGGGCAUUCUCGCCCAGGCGGCUCAAGUGGCCACGAAAAAUGUACCUGCGGAGAGGAUUUCAUCACGCAGAUCAUCCUUCAGGGUGCCGCCGCCGGAUGAGCUCGCCCAGAGUGACUCCAUCCCGAGUCCGGACAAGAGCAGCGCCACUCUUGGCAUUGACGACUCGGAGAGAAGGACGCGUCGCAGGGGAUCGCAACUGCCGGACAUCUCGGCGCUUCAGAACAGGAGUGCGAAUCCGCUGAAUCUUCCAGCGCCGUCAUAUCAAGCCCCCACUUUGGAGGAUCUCGAGGCGCCCAGGCGACAGACAUCGAUGGACGGCGAGGCCAUCAAGAUCGUGAUCCACGACGUGGACUCCGGUCAGGCGUGCGCUUCUAAGAGGCGGGUGGUUUUGCGUCGGGAUCCCUCCGACAAGGCACAUCGAACUCGAGGUUUCGGGAUGAGAGUCGUUGGCGGCAAGACGGGAGCUGACGGUCGUCUCUUUGCCUACAUUGUGUGGACAGUUCCCGGCGGUCCGGCCGAGAAGGCGGGCCUACUGCAAGGCGAUAAGAUUCUCGAGUGGAAUGGAUAUUCACUGAUCGACCGGAGCUUCGAGGAAGUGUGCGCUGUGAUGGAUCGCACGGAAGACGUGGUGGAUCUGCUCGUGGAGCACGCCACGGACUAUCGAAUAUGUGAUUUGCUGGAGGACGGCGCCAGGGACAUGGGCGCCUCGCAGCCAGUGGCCCCCAAGUCGACGGCUGAAGUGUCUCUUGGCUUGAUUCCAGAUAAUGAGUCGACGGACAAGUCGCCGUCAUCCCCAACUAGACGAAAACUUCCAAAAACUCCGGUAUAAGAAAAACAAAGUAUUUAAUUCUUUACAGUGCCACAAAGAAAUAUUUUGAAAAAAAAGAAUGACACACAUCACCAAAAACCACAUCAUUUUAAUCAGUAUAUCUAUUCUUGUGUAACAUUCUCAGCCAGAUUUAUACAUCAAGAAACUAUACAUAUUUCCUAUAUAUAUUUAUUGGAUAUACAUAUAUUAAAAGAUGAUGAUAUUACAUGUUAAUAUGUACAACAUUGAGUAGCUUAUCAGAAGUAAUUGUACGUUGUUUCCGUUUUUUGUCACAUAGUCGAAUAAACGUUCAUAACAAUGGGCGUCAGUGUGAAUACAGACCAUUUCUUUUGCAAAUGAUAAAAGAAGAGAAUAUUUAACGAUGAAAAAAUCUUAUAUAAACUUUCCUUUUUACCACUUCUUUUAACUCUCAUUUGGUACUAAAAUAAAGCUAGAAUCAUCACUGCAGUGAUCUUACUUGAUGAUACAUUGAAUUGUGUGUGUGUAGAUUUCUGAAGGAUGAUUUUAGUAAAGAAAAAGACAUGAUAAGCAUGAGAAAUAAGCUUAAGGAAGAAAGAUGAACAAGCGUGAAAGAAUUUUCUUCAGCAAUUUUUCUUCCUUUAUGUUUCCUCUAUUUUCUCAACUUUGCACGACUUCUUUCUUUUACCAUUUUCUCUAUUAUCAAUGGCGAACAGAUGAAAAAAUACAGCGUCAAGAGAUAAGCGGGAGAGAAAUGAUAGCAUAUAAGCAAUUUGUCUAAUUGGUAGAGUCGCAUGAAAAGAAGUUUCGUGGUGUGGAUGGAGAAGGCCUUUUGUCGUCUGGCGGGCGCGGGGCGGCAAAAGCGGAGGAGAAAAUAUGUAUCCAUACAGAGCUUUUUGCGGGGGUGUGACUCGGGCCAAAGGGGUGCAUAUGAGUUUUUGGAAAAGGUAUAUGUAGUCUCUCUGUGAUCCUCUUUUGGGAAACUUUUUACUAAGCAUGGGAGCAGAGAAAGAACACCCACGUAAAAAUCACUGAUUCAUUAAAUUUGCUCCUCAUGACACUCAAUUUAUUUCUCUUUCGUGCCACAUUAUUCAAAUUGACACACAUUUAUACCUUCCAUUGACACCGCAAAAGGCGUCCUUCUGUGAGGUGCAAUAAAUUUUUAAUAGGUUUCUCCUUUCUUUCACUGUGACUUUUCGCUACAUUUUACACACCAUCCGCCAAAAUCUAUUUUUACAGACCCUUCUCGAGGGCACAAGCAGAUGUAUAGAGGCGGAAUUGUAACAUGUCAGGAGAAUUUACCGUGAAAGCUCCGCAGCUGAAUGCCAAGAUAGCACAAUUUCCCCGUUUAUUUUUCCAUUUGCUGCACAAUAGCAUUUUCCACGAAAGAGCAAGAGGCUGUUGUUCCGAAGGAGUUUAAGAAGAAAAUUCUAUAUUAACAUAUUGAAUAAAUCGAAUGAGGCGGAAUAGAGCAAACAAGAUAAUCUCCAAGAUAAUCAAAGAGAACAUUUUUUGGGAAGAAGAUUGAACAUUCUAUAAAUAUUUUUCUAUCGUAUUUUUAUUGAUUCCAAGUAUUUUUCUAAUUCCACAACAUUUACAUUAAUUCCAUUUAAAAGAAAAGAGAAAAAUGAUUAAAGCUGUGGGAGUGCUAAAGAGAGAUGUUAUUUAGGAUUCUUUCAAGAUGUGAAAAAAAGAAGAAAAAGUUGGGAGAAAGGCUUAAAAACAAGAAUGAGGCUGUGCUUUAACUGGGGAAUGACAUAAAGAAUACUGAGCCAUUUUGGGGGGUGUGAAAAUCCACACAAUGAAAACCACAUAACAGCAUGGAGAACAAAGAAGAGAAUUAGUCAAAAUGAACCACCUUUUUCGGUAGGAGACAAUAAAAUGUUCCCCUGAGAAAAAAUCCUCUUUCUCUCACUCUUUCUUCCACUCACAAAAGAUAAUAUAAUUUUUUAUUUUAGAGAUAAAACACACCUUUUCAAAAUCUCACCUUUUGUAUCUACACAGAUAUUUACGUAGAGAAAAACUUUUACGAGGGCUUUGAAUGGAAAAUAGUGUGAAGACAUUUUAUGUACACUUCUCUCUGAGCUUUUGAUGUCUUCCCACCAAACUUUUUGAUGAACAUUAAAACUUUCUUCGACUGAUCGUGUUUCCAUGCAGAGGCAUUGAAACGAUCACAUGACAAUCAUCGUGGUAAAAUGCUUAUUUGCAUUUUUCUCAAAGUCUGAACAUAUUUUCUUCGACUAAUGGUUUCCCUAUCCAUUAAAUCCACAAUUUUAGCAACUGUCUUCCCUUAAACGUUCCAAAUUCACACCACUUUCAAACUCAUCCAUGGAGACUUAUCGUGAUUGAUUCCUCCUAAAUUCAAUGUGACAAUCAUAAUGUGGCGAUCGUAAUGAGUUUUAACAAUCGAUUUUAUAAAUUAUACCGCCGAUUUGUUGUCCAUAAUUGAACUCUGUGGCACUUUUCAUCGGUUUUCGGUGUGUCCUCUGUAAUUAAGUUUAGUUCCCGAACUGGGAAUUGGCUAAAAGCCUCCCGUGGCUUUUGGAAAUCAAUGUUGUUGCACUAUUGGUGCACAUUAUACUCACUAAUGAGUCUUUAACCGACUGGCAAAUUACUGAAUUUGCCCACGUUUUCGGAAAAUGUAUUGAAUAAUCCAAAAAGUUAUUGAUUCUCGCUGGAGGCUUCGAACAUUCACACUAUUUUCCAUUCGUUUGAGGUGAUUUUUCAGAGUAAAAAAGGAGAAAAUUAAGUAAGAGUAGAAACUAAUAAGAAGUUGUUGUAAGAGUAGGAUUUUUUGAUUUUUUUCCCUCUUGAUUUGUCAUAAAUAGAAUGAAAGAGUGUUAAAAUGAAGUUACAAUUUGUGGCAAUUCUAAGGACAGAGACAAGAAAUGCUACAGGUUAAUUUAUAUAGUAAAUGUUAUUAAGCGUUAAGAGAAAAAGAACAACCAUUAAGAUAUAUAGUGAAGAAAAUUUGCCUAUGUUUUCUGUAUUAAGAUGGACAAGUGGAUAUAUAAGAACUUAUUUAUUGAGCAAAGAUGAAACAGAGAAAUAAAAUUGAAUUUAGCAAAAGAAAAAGUCAUUUUUGUUAUUUUCACCAUUUUUUAUUUCAAUGAAA